AUGCAUUCAAUGCUCUCAUGCGUUCGAGGCGCUGCUACUCGUGUGAGCAUUGCGCCAAAGCACAUGCCCCCACGUUGUGUGCGUUUGGAUGUUCGUAUGCUACACCACACACCUCGUUGGCACGAAAAGUCAAAAGCCAUUGCACAAUACAUUGGUCCCAUGAGAACUGCGUACUACCGGAUCAAGCUCUUCUCGCUUUCGUCACUUAGUGUGGCAGCGGUAUUUGCGCCCGUGUUCUUAAUGUGCUCACAUAAGAUGGAGUUGGCAGCCCGUGUCGGGAUUGCCGCGACAACACUUGGUGCUAGCUCUGUGAGCACAGCGCUCAUAUCAUGGAUUGGAUCGCCAUAUGUUGGCCACAUGACACUGCGCCGGACUAAUCCGAACGCGGCGCCACUUCAUUACAUAUCUGACGGUGCGCAAGAUGUUGUCCUAGACGACACACCGAGUGAUCCUAUGCGCCAUGCCAGCGACAAGUACUACCUGGAAAUAGCCACGCUUAGCUGGCACAUGCGCUCACUGAAAACGACCGUAUACGCGCCAUCACUCUUACGUGCCACUUCGCGUCCAUUGGCAACGUGGGAGUUGCCGGAUCUUCCUGCGCCGCUGACGGUAGACUCUUCGGAUCGCAUGGGUGAUCACACUGUGUCGAGUCUCGUGGCCGAGACAGUCGAUGUUACGAGUGGCAAAGUAGUUGGCCGCUGGUGGGCUCGUUGGCGGAUCACGAGCACCGCCAGCACUGAGCCUGUUGCUUUCGAAGGCACGUGCGAGAGUGAGGGCCACCCCGUGCGCUACUUUUACGUUGAUGAAACCCAGCUCGGUGACGAAUGGCGCGUGUUAGAGUGA